CAGCGUGCAUGUAGUUGCAGUGUCAUUGUGCGAGCUGUUUAAAUGAAGUUCGGUGACGGUGUAGCUAGCAAGCUAGCUAGUCAGAAACCUUUCGUAGCCAACUGCACCAGACAGCGAAUUCGCGCCCCGGCGACUGGAAUUGGAGAUUAACAAACAAAACUGCCUAAAAUAUGCCUGUGUUUUCAGUGAAUGUGAAAUGGGGAAAGGAGAAGUUUGACGCCAUAGAGCUGAACACAGAAGAACCUCCCAUGGUCUUCAAGGCUCAGCUCUUUGCCUUGACAGGGGUACAACCAGAAAGACAGAAGGUUAUGGUCAAGGGAGGCACACUCAAGGAUGAUGACUGGGGAAACAUCAAAUUGAAGAAUGGGAUGACUCUGUUGAUGAUGGGCUCAGCAGAGGCCCUGCCCGAGGAGCCUGCAGUCAGGCCCAUGUUUGUAGAGGACAUGACUGAAGACCAGCUGGCCUCAGCCAUGGAGAUGCCUUGCGGACUGACCAACCUGGGCAACACCUGCUAUAUGAACGCUACAGUGCAGUGUCUUCGCUCCGUGCCAGAGCUCAAAGGAGCCCUCAGAAGGUAUGCAGGUGCUCUGCGGUCCUCAGGGGCCAAUGCACCAUCACAGUACAUCACAGCAGCCCUCCGUGACCUCUACGAGACCAUGGACAAGACUUCCUCCAGCAUACCCCCCAUCAUCCUGCUGCAGUUUCUGCACAUGGCCUUCCCCCAGUUCGCUGAGAAGGGAGACCAGGGACAGUACCUCCAGCAGGAUGCCAACGAGUGCUGGUUGCAGAUGAUGAGGGUCCUUCAGCAGAAGUUGGAAGCACAAGACUCAGAAACUCCCAUGGAGACUGAGAGUGAAGCUGACAAGAAGAACUUCAUUGACCAGUAUUUUGGAGUGGAGUACGAAACCACUAUGAAAUGUACAGAGUCUGAGGAGGAGGAGCCAGCCAAAGGUAAAGAGAGCCAGCUCCAGCUCAGCUGUUUCAUCAACCAGGAGGUCAAGUACCUGGCCACCGGCCUCAGGCUGAGACUGCAGGAAGAAAUCACCAAGCUAUCUCCAUCUUUGCAAAGAAAUGCCAUGUACAUAAAAUCUUCUAAAGUCAGCCGCCUCCCUGCCUACCUAACCAUUCAGAUGGUUAGAUUUUUCUACAAAGAGAAGGAGUCUGUCAAUGCCAAAGUCUUAAAGGAUGUCAAGUUCCCGCUGAUGCUGGAUGUGUAUGAGCUGUGUACCUCAGCUCUGCAGGAGAAGAUGGUGGCCGUUAGGUCAAAGUUCAAGGAGAUUGAGGACAAGAACCUGGAGAAACAGACGCAGAAGGUGGAGAAGAAAGUGGAAGACAAGCCGAAAGAAGUGAAAUAUGAGCCCUUUUCAUUCGAUGAUGACCUGGGCUCUAACAACAGUGGUUACUACGACCUGCAGGGAGUGCUGACACACCAGGGCAGAUCCAGCUCCUCCGGACACUACGUCGCCUGGGUCAAGAGGAAAGAAGAUGAGUGGGUGAAGUUUGACGACGACAAGGUGAGCGUGGUGUCUCCAGAGGAUAUACUGAGGCUGUCCGGUGGAGGAGACUGGCACAUAGCCUACGUCCUACUGUACGGACCCCGACGACUGGAAAUACUUGAAGAGCAACAGUAACCAACCUAAACGCAAAUAAAUGAAAUCUAGCCAACCAACACACAAAUGCCAUUUCCAAGCUGUCUACUUUGCGUAGAUGUGCAAUAAAUUCUGGGUGUCUAUAAAAAUGGAUGACCUUAAUUUUUAGUUUUUGUAACUUCUUCACACAGAUGCUUGUAAACCCAUCCUGCAUCAACAUGAGUGGAGGUAGUUUAUCUAUCAAAGGAAGGUUUUUAAUUGUUUAUUAUUAUUAUAGAGAGACAGGCAAUCUCUGGACUGGAUCCUUGAGAGGUUUUGAGAGAUUUAGUUCUGCAGUUUAAUUAUAUGUUUUAUACAUAUUGUAUAUUUUGUAAAGCCUUGAACAAGGUGCUUAUGUCAUAGUACUUGUCUGUAGUCAUAUCUAAUCAGCUUGUACAGAAAUAAAGUCUUUGGCCAAGCUAUAUUGUUUCAAGGUGUCUUUCGAAAUACCCUGAACCUUUCAUUCAUAUAACAUGUAUUGGAGACCCCCCCAACUAUUGCUUACUGGGAAACAUUUACAAGACAUGGUUUUGUCUUACACAUUGCUUUUGUCCUUGUAGUUGGGGUUAUUUCUCAUCAUACGAGCGGUUCAAUGUCUCUGCUCUGAUACUGUAUGACUAUAACGCUUCACUCUCUCAUACAUGCAGUCAUUAUCUUGACCACCACCCUGCCAACUAUGUGUAAGACCUACGACGGUCUCUGUAAUAAGUUAUUGACUGAUGGCUUUUCAUAAAUGGUGAAAGUAAACCGUUAUACCAAA